CUUCCGUGAAGUCCUUCCGUUAGUCUACACGUGAAAACAGUUGACAUUGUGCAACACCUUGGGUUCUGACAGAGAAUCACCAUGGCAUCGUCUGCUACACAGCUGUGUCUAAAAUGCAGACAGCUUCUUUGCUCCAAGACAGUGGCUAGUACCUGGCGGUACUCCACUCAAGUUCGCCAUUGCAUUACACUAACAAGUGCAUCCACAAGAAUCCCAGAUGGAUCUUUAUUUAUCAAGGGGAAUCACACAACAACUCAGACAGGACAUAGGUGGAAUCAACAGAUGUUCAGUUACAGUGACUUAGCUGCCAAACAUCUGGGAGCUGAGGCAAAGGAAGACAAGAAUGUUGAAGGAACGUCAAGAGCUGAUGUUAUAGCGUACAAAAGCCCCCUGUUGCCAGCCACAGAUGUUGUGCCUAUGACUGAAAGCCAGAUGUUUACAGAUCUGGAUGCUGCUGCUGAGUUUUCACCAUUAGAGGAGAUCAGUGAUGAAGAGGCUGUCAGUAUAUCUGUUCCCUCUGCCCUACCUCCUGCCUCCACCUCUCUCAGAGACUAUGUCGAUCACUCUGAGACACUCAGCAAACUGGUACAGCUAGGUGUAAACCUGUGGAAGCUCGAACAAAGGCCCAACGUGGGCUCCAUGCUACUGAAGCUGAACUUCAACACAGAUGUGGCCCCAAGGCUGCUCUUUCUCAAAGAGAUAGGAGUGGAGGACUCUCGCCUAGGCUAUAUCAUCACACACAAUCCCUUCAUUCUCACUCAGAGUGUGGAAAACCUACAGGCCAGGGUGAAUUAUCUCAAGUCAAAGAAGUUCAGUUCUGAGACCAUUGCAUCUAUGGUGACCAAAGCGCCGUAUCUUCUUAACUUCAGUGUGAAGAGGCUGGACAACAGACUGGGCUUCUAUCAGCAGCAGCUCAACAUCAGUGCUUCUAAUACACGGAACAUUGUAGCUCGUCUGCCCAGAUUACUGUGUGGCAGUUUGGAGCCUGUUAAAGAAAAUUUGAAGGUGUGUGAGAUAGAACUUGGCUUUAAGGAAAAUGAGAUCCAACACAUGGUUAUUGCCGUCCCAAAAGUGCUGACUGCCAACAAGAGGAAGCUAACCCAAAUAUUUGACUACCUUCACAAUGUCAUGAAGGUGCCACACAACCUGAUCGCCAAGUUCCCACAGGUGCUUAAUUCCAGGUACUUGCGUAUCAAAGAGCGCCACCAGUUCCUUGAAUACCUUGGAAAGGCUCAGUAUGAUCCAACCCUGCCAAACUAUAUUGCCCUGGACCGUCUGGUGUCUUUGCCUGACGAGACUUUCUGCACUGAGCUGGCUUUGGCCACAUUGGAAGAUUUUCAUUUGUUCCUAAAGACACUUUGAAUUUUGAUGAGGGGACAUUAUAAAGGACUUCAGAAACAAGUGGUCAUGCACACAGAAUAAGUACAAUAAUGUCAGACACAUGCAGACGGAAAGUUUGCUCUGUAAAUGUUAUUUGUAAUGAAUACUGUAUAUGUAUAUGCACACUUUUGACUGAAAUACUGAUCUUAUUUACUAAACUACUUAUGUGAAGGGAUCAUAAAUGUGAUAAAACUCAUGUUCAGUCUAAUGCUUGUCAAACAUUUGCAGGGCUGUGCAUUUAAUGAUCAUUGACCCUGUCGUAAAAAACUGUCUGUGAUGAGAAUGGAUUGGGGCAGGUCUCACUUGUGUGAAAUGUAACUAAGUGCUGCUUAAUAAUUGUGCUGUACUACAUUUAAAAACUGAGAUGUCAGACAGCGAUUGUUUCAGCAGAUUUAAAUAUUACAUAGAAAAACAACAAAUUAGCUUCUACAGUAUGAUGCGUAGUUAUGCUGUAUGUCAUCGCUGCCCUGUGUUGUUGCUGAAAAGUAUUUAAAUAGGGCUUACAAAUGAAUUUAUCAGGAAUACCAAUCAGUUAAAAAUAAUAAUAACUAAAGAUCAUCCUGUGAUCACUCCAGUUGGGAUACAGCUGUUCAUGGCAACAGGGGAGGCUUUUGCUGCAAUACUGAAAGUGGCCACUGUGAAAAAUUUGCUGCAAUGCACAAGGAACAGUUUCUUCAUAGGCCACUGUUGUAAAAGAAACAUCUGUAAACCCGUUGACAGGACACCUUGACCUGCAAACAAGGUCAAUUAUGACUUUUUUCUAUCUUGAAUUUUUGAGGUGAGGUGGUUUUAUAUUUGUAAAAGUUUCCUGGAGCCAAGAAAAGGGAUGUAAAAAUCUGUGGCAUCGACACAAAAUGAGCUGAGUGGCGGGACCAGCAGUGGGCUGUAUGCUGCAGAUGUAAUCCCAGAAGCUAGAAAACUUUUGUGGCAUAUGUGCCAGGUGAGCAACUCCACUGGAAUGAAUAGGUGCCAUCUUGGCUUAUGGUAUCUACUGUAGUAUAAAGUAAAAUCUGCAAGCCUUGGAUUGACUGGCUACUGGAGCCAGCCUCAAGUGGCCAGUCAAAGUAUUGCAGUUUAUUGCACUAUGGGGUUGGCUUCAAUUUUCAGCCCCAAGGGUUGGGAAAAUGUAUUUGAUUUUUGGGUGAACUCUCUCUUUCACACAACACUCACAGGGGUCAUUUCACAGCAAAAUGGGUACUUUAUUUUCAGUAGGUCUACUUGAAUGUAUUGUAUUUGCUGAAAUUAUUAAAAUAGCUGGUAUCAUUCUGAA